GAACUUGCAGCCAGUGGGCAUUAAGCACCCGCUAGCCUGAGCUGCCUCAGAGGCUGUCACCACCCGCAUGUGGAGUGGAGACAGAGGGGCUCUUUUCUUGCAGUGGUUGCUCCUUUGCAGAAAGAGGCUCCUCGCUUGAAGGUGUUCGUCUCUCUAAAUACCCAUGUGUUCCUCUUUAAGACGGGAUGGCGUCUUUCUUUUCCGAUUUUGGCCUUAUGUGGUACCUGCAAGAGCUAAACAAGAAGGAGUUCAUGAAGUUCAAGGAGGUCCUCAAGCAGGAGGGGCUGCAGUGUGGGCUGCAACAGAUCCCUUGGAUGGAAGUAAAGAAGGCAUCACGGGAAGACCUUGCCAACUUGCUGGUGAAGUACUAUGAGAAGAAGGCCUGGGAUGUGACAUUAAGCAUCUUCCAGAAUAUCAACAGGAAUGAUCUCAGCGAGAGGGCAGCAAGAGAGAUUGCUGGACAGUCAAAGAUAUAUCAAGCUCAUCUGAAGAACAAGCUGUGUCAGGAUUGGUCCAGAAAGUUCUACAUCCCGAUUCAGUAUUUCCUGAAGCCGGAAGUCACAAAGGACAAAGUCAGUUAUUUGCAGCAGCUUUUCAUAUCAGAGACAACUGAGAAGAGGCCACACACAGUGCUCCUGAAAGGAGUGUCAGGAGUUGGCAAGACACUGGUGCUGUUCCAGUUAAUGCUGGCCUGGUCAGAAGGCCUGUUGUUUCAGGACGAAUUCUCCUACAUCUUCUACCUCUGCUGUGAGGAAGUAAAGCAGUUGAAGACAGAGAGCCUGGCCUACCUGAUGUUCAGAGAGUGGUCCAGCCCCUCAGCUUCCAUAGUGGAGAUAGUAUCCCAACCUGCCAAGCUCUUGUUCAUCAUUGACAGCUUGGAAGGGCUAAAUUGUGAUUUGACCGAACCGGAAUUGGAGCUGUGUGAUAAUUGGAUGGAGAAGCGUCCAGUGAACAUACUGCUGAGCAGUUUGCUUAGGAGGAAGAUGCUCCCAGAAUCCUCUCUCCUCAUCGCUGGUACUCCCGAGAGUUUUGAUCAGUUGGAGCACAGGAUAGACUACACAGAUAUGAAAACAGUGACAGGGUUUGAUGAAAACACUAUUAGGAUGUGUUUCCAGGAAUUGUUCCAGGAUGAGAGCACAGCCCAAAAUGUCUUCAGGUUGGUGAGGGAAAAAGAACAGUUAUUCCGUAUGUGUCACAUCCCUACUCUCUGCUGGGCGGUGGCCACUUGUCUAAAAAACGAGAAAGAAAAGGCACGAGACCCAGCCUCUGUCUGUCGAUGUAUCACCUCUGUGUACACUGCUUACAUCUUGAAUUUGUUCAUUCCCAAAAGUGCCCAUGGUCCAAGUAAAAAAGGGCAAGACCUGCUGAGAGGCCUGUGUUCCCUGGCUGCUGAGGGCAUGUGGACUGACAAAUUUGUAUUUAACCAGGAGGAUCUUGGGAGAAAUGGGAUUGUCAGUUCAGACAUCUCCACACUCCUGAACAUGAGUGUACUUCUGAAGAGCAAGGACUCCAAGAAUUUCUACAAAUUCCACCACCCGUCCAUCCAGGAGUUCUGUGCCGCUGUAUUUUAUCUGGUGAAGAGCCACGAGGACCACCCUAGUAAAGAUGUUCAAGGUAUAGAGACACUCCUGUUUACGUUUCUCAGUAAAGUCAGGGUGCACUGGAUUUACUUGGGCUGUUUCAUCUUUGGCCUUCUACACAAAUCGGAACAAGAAAAGCUACAAGCGUUUUUUGGCUACCAGUUGUCCCAGGAGGUAGAGCAGAAGUUGUGUCAGAGCCUGGAAGAGAUCAGUAUCGACGAAGACCUUUGGGAACAAGUUGAUGACAUGAAAUUGUUUUAUUGCCUGUUUGAGAUGGAGAAUGAAGCCUUUGUCAUGCAGGUGAUGGACUUCUGGCAGCGGAUCAAGUUUGUGGCUAAGAACUAUUCUGAUCUGAUGGUGGCUGCCUACUGUUUGAGGAACUGUUUUUCACUGCAGACUCUAUCCUUUUCAAUCCAAGACAUCCUGCAGGAAGUACAAGAUCAGAGCUCUCUGGAAAAGCUGCUCAUCUGUUGGCAAGAUGUGUGCUCUGUGCUUGUACGGAGUCAGCAACUCCAUAUCAUCCAGGUGAAAGACACUUAUCUCACCGACUUGGCCUCAUUGAUGUUGUAUAAUUGCCUAAAGCAUCCUACCUGCACCCCUCGUGAAUUACAGGUAAAUAACGUGACCUUGUGGAACAAAAACAUGUUCAUUGAUCUGCUGUCUCAGAACCAUAACCUGCAUCACUUGGACCUCAACCUCACGUCCCUGGCCAACAGUGACGUAAAACUGUUGUUCGAUCUCCUGAACCAGGAGGAGUGUAGCAUAGAAGAACUCCAGUUGGCAGACUGCCAGCUUUCCCCUGAUGACUGCAUGAUCUUUUCCUGCAUCCUGAUCAGCAACAAGACGUUGAGGCAUCUUAAUAUUUCCUCCAACAAAUUGGACAAAGGGAUGCACUUGCUCUGCAAGGCUUUGUGCCACCCAGACUGUGUUCUGGAGUACUUAGUUUUGUCCAACUGCUCCCUCAGUGAGCAAUGUUGGGACUACCUUUCUGAUGUUCUGAAGAGGAACAAAAUCCUGAAGAGCCUUGACAUCAGCUCCAAUGACCUUAAGGACGAAGGACUGAAGGUUCUCUGCAAGUCUCUGAGUCUCCCGGACAGUGCCCUGAAAUCACUAAUUGUAGAACGUUGCCUCAUCACCACUAGUGGCUGCCAACAUCUCGCUGAAGUCCUCAGUAGCAACCAGAACCUGACAAUUCUCCAGGUUUCCAACAAUAAGCUUCAAGACACUGGCGUGAAGCUGCUGUGUGAUGCUAUCAAACAACCCAACUGCCACUUAACGACUCUUGGGUUGGGAGCCUGUGAGCUAACUGGUGCCUCUUGUGAGGACCUGGCUUCUGCUGUUAGCCAGAAUAAAACCCUUUGGUCAAUCAACCUGCUGCAGAACACCUUGGACCGCAGUGGGUUGGCUAUACUGUGUGAGGCUCUGAAGCAACACAGGUGUACCAUGCAUGUACUUCGGCUUCGAAUUACUGACUUUGAUAAGGAAACCCAGGAGCUUCUGACUGCCGAGGAGGAGAAAAAUCCCUACUUGAUCAUCCUAAGCACUGUGUAAGCUGUAGCAGGAAAGCGAGAGUAAAUAAACACGGGUGUGUUCUGAGCCCAAACAACCCCUAAAUUAAUGGUUUUUUUCCUUUUGGCCCUCUUGUACACAAAAAUUAUCACAUUCCUAGCAUUCCAGUGAGAUAGGAUUUCUUUGCCCCUCACCCCAUCCAGAUGUUUCACAGGACAGAUGUGGCUUCAUUAUUUGAAGGCCAUUCUUAGAACUACAUGUUAGAAGUGACUAUGUCAUAAUGACAUUUUCACACACUGGUUUGUUAAGCACCCAAUAAAGUCUUUUAUUUUGAAAUGCUCAGAAAAUCUCUUAAAGUGAGAUUUGCCUGGUGGUGGAUUACCCGAGCCAUAAUGGUUAUACAGGCAAUAACGAAUGGUCCCCCAGAAAGUUGUUGGAGGAAAUUGUAAUUGGCUAUGCAUGAGAAAUCUUUAGCAGAGGGCCUACACAGACACUCACUCAGAUAAAGGAAGCUGUUGCCGUUUUGUGCUUUGUAUUAAACAAUAAUUUAGGCAUUCAGCAAUUCUACUGACUUCUAGUCUCAAAUGUUAAUGUAUACAUAUUAAGGAUUUUUUACUUUUAUACAAAUAUGUGUGUAUGUUGAAAUAAAAUUAUUUACAAAACAA